AUUUCUGUAGAACAUCAAAAUAGAGGAGCUCCAUCUGGAUUCUUCUCUUCCACAGGAAAGCUCCUGAAAAUUGGUAUCAAGGAAAAGGCUCCAUGGCAGCAAGGAAUGCUUUGAGGUUUGUGUCUCGCAGGUUCUCUAGUGGAAAGGUGCUCAGCGAGGAGGAAAAAGCUGCAGAAAAUAUCUAUAUCAAGAAAAUGGAGCGGGAGAAAUUGGAGAAGCUAGCCCGAAAGGGUCCCACACCAGAAGAACAAGCAGCUGCUGGCAACUCUGGGGGUUCAGUUUCUGGGAGUGAUGCCAAACCCGGCGCUCAGACCUCCUCAACACACGGGGCUUCUCAUGACAACUACCGAAACUACGGAGUCAUCGCUGGUGUCAUAACUGGUGCUGGUGCUCUGGGCUGGUAUUUUACAUCCAAAGGCAAGAAGAAGGAAGUGCAGGCAUGAAGUGUUGCACGUUUUUUCUCCACAAGGGACCAAAAAGGACUUCGAUGACUAACAAUAAAAGUACAAAGCAUGAAAAACAAUGGGUUUUGUCAUGCAUUGUGCCCUGUACAUAUAAACCUUGAGUUUCUCUUAUGGAUCUGGGGUUUAUCUAUAACUUGUCUACCAUAAUGUUACUUCACAAGCAAUAUGGUAUUUGGCACACUGGUCACGAAGUUUACACAAAAUGGACUUUUCUUGUUGCCAUACAUUGAGUUGUUGGUUAUUACACACAACAGUCCAAUCACUCUGCAGUCUGCACCUUUCAAUUUGGUCACCCACACUGGUAUUCCAUG